GGUUAUAAAUACACCACAUCGCAGCAUGGAUAUGUUGUCGACGCAUGUGUGCUUGAAAUAAUUUAACGAAUCAAUAUUUCUCUGAUAAAAUGGACAUGAAAUAUGAAGUUAAGACAUCGGAGGUAUUGGGCAGAUACUUAGUUGCGGCCAGGGAUUUGAGAGCAGGCGAGAGGAUACUAUCUGACCAGCCUUUUGUGUUAGGACCGAGCAGUGAUACGUCCCUUGUCUGUUUUAAUUGCUAUCUGCCAUUGAUUAAUAAAUUUCACGUAUGCAAGUUCUGUGCGGUUGCGCCGAUUUGCCCUGGAGAUGGGUGUCCUGAUGAAUUAGCGAAAUGGCACGUCCAAAAGGAAUGUGAUUUUUUCCGAGAACUGAAACUCAAUAGUGGCUUGAGUCCUAUUAAAAUGGUUCAAAACGUAGGUUCAUUACUGGCAUUACGAGUGGUUUUACAAAAGAAUAAUAAUGCUAAAGGAUGGCAAGAGUUCAUAAAGCUUGAAACACAUUUAGACAAGCGAAGAAAUAGUAGUGUAUGGGAAUUCUACGAAAAUACGGUGAAAUUCCUUGAAUCAUUGGGACUUUCGGAGAAUGAUGACGAUCAAAACUUGGUGCAGAAAGUGUGUGCUGCAAUAGACGUCAACAGUUUUGAAGUGCGGGGUCCACCAAUACCGACACUGGGUUAUGCUGAAACACUCAGAGGAAUAUAUUUACAGGCUGCGUUAUUGGCACACGACUGUGUUGGUAACACGCUAAUAUCUAUCAAUGAUAAUAACGUGUUAUUGUGCCACGCGAGCCAGGAUAUUAAGAAGGGGGAUACCAUAUUUUAUAAUUAUACGGACCCGUUGAAGGGAACAGCAUUAAGACAAGAACAUCUCCUGGUGGGUAAAUAUUUCCAGUGCACGUGUACUCGAUGCACGGACGAAACCGAGUUAGGAACGUAUAUCAGUUCAGCUCGCUGUCCCGCUUGCAAAACGGGGUACGUGUCUAAAAAAGGAGAAACCUGGAUAUGCAAUAGUUGUAAGGAACAAGCUGACGACUCAGUAAUCGGGUAUAAAGUUAAGUGCUGCACGGAUAAAUUUGAAGUUAUAAACAAAAAGGACGAAAGAGAGCUAGAGGAGUAUAUUCGUAAUGUUUCGCUCGUGCUUGCCCCGAACCACUAUCUACUCAUAGACGCAAAGCAGAGAUUAGCUGGCGUUCUGAGAGACGCCAUUAACAGAGAACCUAAACCCACCAAGAAAAUGAUGCGUCGCAAAUUGGACCUUUGUCAAGAACUCUUGCCUGUGCUUGAAGUGUUAAGCCCUGGUAUUAGUAGAACUAAAGCGAUAACUAUGUAUGAACUGCAUUUAGCAAUAGUGCAAUUGGGUAAAAAGUUAUUCAACACACGUGAAUUAACAGCGCCCAAGUACUUAGACGAGCUACUAUGCGCUGAAAAACAUUUGAAAAAGUCGUUGGAAAUGUUAUUAAUUGAACCAGGAAACUCCCCUGAAGGACAACUAUGUUCCAAGGCCUUAGAACAAUAUAGAAUGUUGAAAAACGAUAUGAGUAACAUUCUUGAUGGUAUCCAUGAAGAGGGAAAAGUAUAUGUCACUGAAAUUGACAAUGAAACUCUCAAUGAUGUGGAUUAAGAUUUAAGCAUAACAAUUUAAUAAUAAUUGUCAAUAUUGUUGUGAAUUU